CAGCCUUAAAUGUUUAGUCUCUUGUUCACGUGAAAAAAAAAACAAAACAAAACAGAUUGCAUUUGGAUAGCCACAAGCAGAAACGAUUUUGAUAUCAUCAUAUCUAUAUAUAUAUAUAUACGACGUAUACAUAUUACCUCUCAAACCAAACUGAGAUGAGUUUUGGAUCUCGUCUUCUUUUGUUUAUCAUACUAACCCUUCCACUCGUUACAUCGUCAUCCCGUAACACUCUUUCUAUUUCAGGAAUUGGGAAGACAAGGACAGAUCAUAGAGUGUUGAUGGUGAGCACCGAGGAUUAUGGUGAUCCAUCUGCAAACACCAGACACGAUCCUAGCGUGCCGACCAAUGCAAAGGCUGACACAACACCACCUUAAAACUCUUUUGAGUUGACUUGUUUAGUCUUUGUUGAAUACUAUAUGUUAUUUACUUCUGAAUGAGUUGAAUCUGUAAUAUAUUUGUCUGAGUAACAAAGCAAAAAAAGCGUUAGAAACCAUGUGAGCUCUGUAUUAACCAGACAAUUUAGCAAAAUAUUCAGACA